UGAAAUCGGAGUUCUUCUAGGAGAGACGUACUGAGAGAGAGGGGGCAUACGAAAGUGUAAUCUAGACGAUUAGGAAUUCAUAAGCGCCCUUUCUCUCUCGCUCUGUGUGAUACUGCAACGUUUUACUGUACUUCUGUGCUUUCCUGGGAAUAAAUAAAAAUCGACAGUUAUUCGACCUCCUCCAUUCAAUCAGUCGUCCCUCGAGUAAGUAACAGAAACGAGACUGCAAAUAAAUACUGCGAAAAUUACCGUCUCUUUUUUGUGACAAGGCGAAAUGAAGGGAGCGAUACCGUAGAUGCAACUGAAAAUAAAGGGGGUUGUAAACUUGACGCUUCACUGUUCUAUAUUCAGGAGAUGAACACUUGUGCGAUAAUGGUACACUGGUGUAAGGUGAACCAGCCCCUUGCGCACUAAUAACACUUUGCUAAAAUCACAUUCCUAUACCGAGAUCUAGAGAAAAUUGGCAAUUGAUCGCGCCUUGUAAGCUCUCAACACUGAGCCAUUCAUUUGACAAAUGCAUAUUUGAUUCUGGGUGGAGUGAAAGGAGGCGUCAUUCCUUUCCAUUAGAGCUCAGAGCGGAAGACACUAAGUAUUCUCUUCGCUUCUCUCCAUCCUUUCGGGUUUUUUUCUUGUAUUUUUGCCACAGAUGCGAGGCGACUAACGCGGAAUGGACAUUUGUUGAAGGACGCUGCACCUGAUCACACACUGAACCGAGAUGAAGUUCAUCUGAGCGGGGAGGAUUUCAUACAGCUGUGCCGGAUCUAAAAAUGAACAAUUUCUUGCUUGUUUUUUCCGAGAAGAAAAAAAUAGGCAUGGGUGGCUUUUGUUUGAAACACAACUUUUCAAAAUAGUUCUGUCACAUAGGAUUGCAUACUUGUUUUUUUAUUACUAUUUAGUUUUGUUUUUUUCUAUACAGUAUAUAUUGUGGUACCAUUUUAACAGUGCGGUGAGGACCACUGUUAAUCCACAUUUCUUCUGGAAUAUUGUUGCAUUUUUCUUGCUUUCUGUGUAGCUGUCUUUCCUUUCUUCAAUUUUAGCCGUCUUUAAUUACAUUUAUUAAUUUUCUUUUCCUAGAGUUAAUAUUUUUCCUUGGAAUUGUCUUCGGAGCAACAAGCGACGCCGAACGCUUUAACCAUCUUCGAAUUUUUUAGUAUUGGGCAGAGCUUACACAGUUUUGGUGAAUAACGCAAUUUUCUUGCAGAAGCAGUUGGAAUUUUUUUUUUCUUAAUUGCGAAAUGGCUUAUUUUUUAAAUGACUUCAGACACCUCUGAUAACUGUGUUUUAGAUAGGUGCCUUUAGCAGUUUAGAGCCAAUAACGGGAAACCAUGGCCAGUUUUGGUACAGCAUUCAAGCCCUACUUUCUAUGGAGAGCGCUUUGGGUGGCAAAGGUUGUGGUAGAGUUGACACUGUCCCAGGAGAUUUACGCACCCCAUUCUAUAAGAAUUGAAGGGGACCUGACCUUGGGUGGCCUGUUCCCAGUCCAUGCUCGAGGUACCCCCGGAAUGCCUUGCGGGGAUAUCAAAAAGGAAAACGGGAUCCACAGGCUGGAAGCUAUGAUGUACGCUUUGGACCAAAUUAAUAGUGACGACGAGCUUUUGCCCAAUAUCACUUUAGGAGCACGGGUAUUAGAUACGUGUUCUAGAGACACUUACGCUUUGGAGCAGUCCCUUACUUUUGUGCAGGCUCUUAUACAAAAAGACACUUCGGAUGUGAGGUGUACCAACGGAGAACCCCCCGUGUUCGUCAAGCCUGAGAAGGUGGUAGGGGUGAUAGGAGCGUCUGCAAGUUCUGUAUCCAUUAUGGUUGCGAACAUUUUGCGGCUUUUUCAGAUCCCUCAGAUCAGUUACGCUUCCACAGCUCCAGAACUGAGUGAUGAUCGUCGUUACGAUUUUUUCUCCCGUGUUGUCCCUCCGGAUUCCUUCCAAGCCCAGGCAAUGGUGGAUAUUGUGAAGGCCAUGGGGUGGAAUUAUGUUUCCACGGUGGCUUCAGAAGGCAGCUAUGGGGAAAAAGGAGUAGAAGCAUUCAUCCAGAUUUCUCGAGAAGCAGGUGGCAUUUGUAUUGCUCAGUCUCUAAAAAUCCCACAUGAACACAAGCAGUCAGAUUUCGAUAAAAUCAUCAGGAACCUUCUGGAAACACGCCAUGCCAGGACGGUGGUCAUCUUUGCUAAUGAUGAAGAUAUAAGGGGGAUUCUCAAUGCCAGUAAAAGAGCAAACCAAGUGGGUCAUUUCCUGUGGAUUGGAUCAGACAGCUGGGGAGCCAAAUACAGUCCCAUUCAUCAACUUGAGGAUGCCGCUGUAGGGGCUGUGACAAUCCUGCCAAAAAGAGCCACAAUUGAAGGAUUUGAUGCUUACUUCACUUCCCGAACACUGGAGAAUAACCGGAGAAAUGUUUGGUUUGCUGAAUACUGGGAGGAGAACUUCAACUGUAAGCUGAUGAGCUCCUCAAAAAAAGAGGAUACCAGUCGCAAAUGCACAGGUCAGGAGAGGAUUGGGCAAGACUCCAAAUACGAGCAAGAGGGGAAAGUGCAGUUUGUGAUUGAUGCUGUUUAUGCCAUGGCCCAUGCCCUUCACAACAUGCAGAAGGACCUGUGCCCAGACUACUCGGGAGUGUGUCCGGAGAUGGAGCUUGCCGGAGGGAAGAAGCUUCUUAAAUACAUCCGCAACGUCAGCUUCAAUGGCAGUGCAGGCACAUCUGUGACGUUCAACAAAAACGGGGAUGCCCCUGGACGCUAUGAUUUGUUUCAGUACCAGAUGACAAAUAACAGUGCUCCAGGAUACAAAGUGAUUGGCCAGUGGAUGGAUUCCCUUCAGCUCAAUGUAGAUGACAUGCAGUGGCCCAAUGGAGAGCAAGACAUCCCCAGCUCUGUCUGCAGUCUACCAUGUGAAAUGGGCUAUAGAAAGAAAAUGGUGAAAGGAAUGCCAUGCUGCUGGCAUUGCGAGCCAUGUGACGGAUACCAAUACCAAUAUGAUGAAACCACCUGCAAGCUGUGUGCCUACAACAUGCGUCCCAAUGAGAAUCGCACUGGCUGUCAGCCCAUUCCCAUUGUCAAACUUGAGUGGCACUCCCCUUGGGCUGUGAUUCCUGUCUUCCUGGCGAUGCUUGGAAUUAUUGCCACGAUUUUUGUGAUGGCCACAUUCAUUAGGUACAAUGACACUCCAAUUGUACGUGCAUCUGGUAGGGAGCUCAGCUAUGUCCUCCUGACUGGGAUUUUCCUUUGCUAUAUCAUCACCUUUCUCAUGAUUGCCAAGCCUGAUGUGGCUGUGUGCUCCUUCAGGAGGAUUUUCCUAGGACUCGGGAUGUGCAUCAGUUAUGCAGCUCUGCUGACCAAAACCAACAGGAUCUACCGCAUUUUCGAGCAGGGAAAAAAGUCUGUUACUGCCCCACGUCUCAUUAGUCCUACUUCACAGUUGGCGAUCACAUCAAGCCUAAUUUCAGUCCAGCUCCUGGGAGUCUUCAUUUGGUUUGGAGUGGAUCCGCCCAACACUAUUAUUGAUUAUGAUGAGCAGAAGACAAUCAACCCUGACCAAGCCAGAGGAGUUCUCAAAUGUGACAUUACGGAUCUACAAAUUAUUUGUUCACUGGGAUAUAGCAUCCUCCUUAUGGUAACAUGUACAGUUUAUGCUAUCAAGACACGAGGUGUUCCUGAGAACUUCAACGAAGCCAAACCCAUUGGAUUCACAAUGUACACCACCUGUAUAGUGUGGCUGGCCUUCAUUCCCAUAUUUUUUGGCACAGCUCAAUCUGCAGAAAAGUUGUACAUACAGACCACCACACUCACCAUAUCAAUGAACCUAAGUGCUUCGGUGGCUCUGGGGAUGCUCUAUAUGCCGAAGGUGUACAUCAUCAUUUUCCAUCCUGAGCUCAACGUCCAGAAGAGGAAACGCAGCUUCAAAGCUGUGGUCACAGCUGCCACCAUGUCCUCCCGGCUCUCUCACAAGCCCAGUGACAGGCCCAAUGGAGAAGCUAAGACUGAGCUAUGUGAAAACGUAGACCCAAACAGUCCUGCUGCAAAGAAAAAGUAUGUCAGCUACAAUGACCUUGUCAUCUAAAGGGUCCCAGCAAGGGAAGGGUGUGACCUGGGAGGAUACUUGGUCUCCUGCCACCUUGGCAAAAGGCUAUUUCCUGUCCCGCACAGUACUGCCUGCCCACGAGAGGAGUGAUAUUGGCCAGAUGAAAUUGGUGGACUACCAUGGUGGAGGAAGAAAACAUUUUGACGGUUUCGUAACAAAAAAAAAGACAACUUUCCUUGUUUUAAAAAAAGAAAGAAUAUAUAUAUUUAAAUCAACAAAAACAGACUAAAAUAAAACCUCUUGGAUUAACGAGGAGACCCACUGGCACUACAAGGAUGCUUCAGGCUCGGGCCUUCUCUGUUUCUCACAUAAAUAGUUUCUCUACCCACUUAGUGAUCUUAAGGUGCAUCACAGCAAGAGGGACAACAGAGGGGCUGUUUUUGUCUUUACAUGUACUUCCAAACUGCAAGUUUUCCAAAAUUCUUGUAAGGUUUGUGAGUUUUUUUUUGCAUACUUGUAAUUCUUCGUUGUAUGGACUUUCACUUUUUUUUUUGCUUCUUCAAUGCUCACAUGAUUAAAGCCAUAUUCUUCUCUCACAGGUGUCGGUAUAUUUCUUUACCUGUUUUUCUUUCUUUGGUUUGGGCUUCCCCAUUUAAACCCCUGGUAAUGCACAUUCUAAUUUUUUUCUCUCCUUCUGUAGCUAUUUGUUCUGUACAGUUGUGUUUGAAAAACUGUUGGAGUACGUUGACCAUCGACUGUGUUUUGAGUGAGUAUCAGAAAACUCUAGUCCUUGUCUGACUGGCUUUAGAUUAACUACAGUGAUCGAUGGUAUUACAGAUGUAAUGAGGUGUUCACGUAGAAGUCGCUAGUGCAUGCCUGAUAUUUUUGAUGUUUAAAAAAGAACUUACCACAAGGCUGUAAUAUCAGCCUGCUCUGGAUAGCUUUUUGAUCCUUAUUUUCUUCUUAUGUAUUAUUUCUCGGAUGUUUUUACAAAGGGGGAAUAUGGCUUUAAUUUGUCUUGGAGUUUCUUAUUGCCCCGCAACUAUGAAAAAUUGUGAAAAGGACUUAUUAAAAAAGCAUGUAUGUUUUAUACUGUUUGUACUAAGUAUAUUUAUGUUGCCCUUGCUGCUUACGUGCCAAUAUUGUGGAAGACAUUUAAGUUUUGCCACUCAUGCAAGUAUACCGUGGUAUUGUCCAAGAAUGUAUCAACAUGAAAUAAAAACCAUUUGGUUAUCUUUUUUAUUCCCU